ACGCGCAGCGGAGGGAGCGUGGCGGCCGGGCGGCGCCGCGAUGUUCGUGGCGCGCAGCAUCGCGGCGGAUCACCGCGACCUCAUCCACGAUGUCUCUUUCGACUUCCACGGGCGGCGCAUGGCCACCUGCUCCAGCGACCAGAGCGUCAAGGUCUGGGACAAAAGUGAAAAUGGGGAUUGGCACUGCACUGCAAGCUGGAAGGUUUGUAUUAAUAGCUAUUACACAGAGAUACUGUUAUUUCUCUUUUAUUUUUGUAGAGAGAUAUUUUCACGCAGUGGUAACGUGUGCUUGAGGAGUUGGAAAACGACGCACAGCGGCUCUGUGUGGCGUGUGACGUGGGCCCAUCCUGAGUUUGGGCAGGUCCUGGCCUCCUGCUCUUUUGAUAGAACAGCAGCUGUGUGGGAAGAAAUAGUGGGAGAAUCCAAUGAUAAACUCCGAGGGCAGAGUCACUGGGUAAAGAGGACCACUCUGGUAGACAGCAGGACAUCUGUUACAGAUGUGAAGUUUGCUCCCAAGCACAUGGGUCUUAUGUUAGCAACUUGCUCAGCAGAUGGAGUAGUAAGGAUUUAUGAAGCCCCAGAUGUGAUGAAUCUCAGUCAGUGGUCACUGCAGCAUGAAAUCUCGUGUAAGCUAAGUUGCAGUUGCAUUUCGUGGAAUCCUUCAAGCUCCAGAGCACAUUCUCCAAUGAUAGCUGUAGGAAGUGAUGACAACAGUCCAAAUAUAUUGGCUAAAGUUCAAAUUUAUGAAUACAAUGAAAAUACCAGGAAAUACGCAAAAGCAGAAGCUCUGAUGACAGUCACAGAUCCCGUGCACGAUAUUGCGUUUGCCCCAAAUCUGGGAAGAUCCUUUCACAUCUUAGCUGUAGCAACCAAAGAUGUACGAAUUUUCACACUAAAACCUCUAAGGAAAGAAUUGACUUCAUCCGGAGGAUUAACAAAGUUUGAAAUCCAUAUCGUGGCGCAGUUUGACAAUCACAAUUCCCAGGUGUGGCGGGUCAGCUGGAACAUCACGGGCACGGUGCUGGCCUCCUCCGGCGAUGACGGCUGCGUCAGGCUUUGGAAGGCUAAUUACAUGGACAACUGGAAGUGUACUGGGAUACUGAAAGGUAACGGGAGUCCGGUCAACGGUAGUUCCCAGCAGGGAAUUUUUAACGCCUCUCUAGGUUCAGCCAAUACAAGCCUACAGAAUUCACUAAAUGGAUCAUCUGCCAGCAGAAAGCAGAGCUGAUACCAAGCUAACUGGAGUAACUUUGAUGUUUUGCUGCUUGUUGCAUGCACACAGGAAUGGAAAAUGAACUCCUUUUUCCCCUCCCCAACGCCGUUUGACCUCUCCCAAGACACCAGCAGCCUGCUAACUACUAAACGCUAUUCAAAAAACCUUUUUAAGCCACGUUGUGUACUUUUUUUGUACUAGGCCGCACAGUUUGAUACUGUUGAAACUCCUGACAGAAAAAUACUAGGAGAGGCUUUUUGUUUAAAAAAAAAAAAAAAGAAAAAAUCAAAAGAAAAAAAAUCUUCCAUCGGAACAGUUUCUUAAAAUAACUUGUCAAAUUUCUGGAGUAAAAAUGAGGAUCAACCUUGUCCUUGGUUGGGAUGGGAGGAGGGAAGUGACCAUUAGAGCAACUUUCAUUAAAACUGUUUUGAUAACUGCUGUGUUUUACAUUUCGUAGUGUUUAACACUUGACUGAGAUUCCUUAACAUCACAGAUUUGUAACUGCUUUGUAAUAUAUGCAACUGUUGGUUUUAAAGGAAGCAGAAAACUGUGCUUUGACAAUUGUACAGACGGUAGCUUUUGAUAGUUUGGUAUUGCUUCGUUUAUAACUUCGUAUGACUUAAAAUAUGUGUUCUGUAAGUACUGUCAAGCUUUCUUCACCCUGACUGGGACAGAUACCUUUUCUGACGUGUUUGUAUGUUCCUGUGGCAAUGAUUCCACGCGUGACUAAAAUUCUGUGCGUACUGUCCGAAAUAAUGCAAACGUUUGAGCCAUAUGAAAGUCGAAACCAAAAUGCAGCAUGUGGUGGAUUGUCCGUUAUUUCAUCAAGUGUACAGCUGUUCUUUUAGGCAAGUCCACAGAACUGUAAACAGUAUAGACAACACCUGUAGGUAUGUAAUGUGGUUAUACUAAAACUCAUGAGUAUUACGGGUAAGUUCUAAUAAAAACGGCAGAAAAAUGACGUGGUGUGGUGUAAUUCUGAGUUCUGGAUUCACCAGGAGGCUUCAAUUUAUCCUGAGUAUCUUGCAGAAAUGCAUAAAUACACACAAAGAUUGUACUUCGCUGAAAGCAGUUAUCCUCUGUAAAUGUGAACUAUUAAAUUUACACUAUUGUAAAAGCUAUAUGAUGUUUUUAUGUCUAUUCUGGAAGUCCCGGGAAGUUCAUCUGAAUUAGAUGCAUACGCAGAGAAAUGUACUGACAUGGUUUUUAAUGUACAACCUGUGUCGCAAAUGGGGUGUUAUUAAAAGCUGUCAGCAGAUCACAGGAAUCCUGGGAGAGGGAAAGCGUGUUCAUAGCUGCGUUACGGAGUUCUCGUCGUUUCCAAAGCAGUUUAUUCAUUCUGUAAAAUGGGUACUCGAAUUAUUAUGACAGUAUUCUUUCGAUGAGUUUCAGGGGAAAACUUUUUUUCCUUACAGAACAGUUUCCAGAUUUGUCUUGUUUUGAAUUACAAGCCUUGAUUUCUGCUAUUAUGUUCUAUUGGUUUUGGCAUGGAUAUACUAAAGCUUUUUUUUUUUGUUUGUUUUCCAGCAUGUCUUUUCUCCCCUUUGGUUCUCCUUGUAUUUACUGCCUUUCUCUUUUUUCUUGUUUUUUUUUUUUUUGUUGUUUUGUUUUGUUUUGUUUGUUUUGUUUUUGUUUUGGUGUUUUGUUCCUGUCUUAAUUGUUUCAGGUAUUUCUUUCCCCCUCUGGAUUCCCCACGGGCUGGAUCGAGAUGGUCCAGUCAUGCCCAGCUCCUUCCUCCUCCUCCUCUGAUAGAGCACUCUUGCGAUGCUGACACUGCCAACCUCCAGUAUCCUCACCCUCGCAGACGAUGUGUGUCUCGGCCUCUUAAUCUAUUGCCUGAGAAUGAAGGGGUUUAACACGUUACUUUGAAUAAAUGUUAAAGGGCCUUAUACUGAUGUUUGUGAAUGCUUCCAUUUCUGGCUGCUUUUGUGUUCCUUCUCUCCUACAGAAGAUUUAAAAAGUGUGGGGUCUUCAUGCAUGUUUUGCAAAACAAACUGCAAUAUUUGGAGCAGUUAUUUGUGUGCAUCAAAGGAACAUGUUAAUCUGUAGCCUCUCGAUUGUGACAACACAUGCAAACGUGAACCACGAGCUGCUGACGGAGUAGCCAACUUCAAAGUGCCUGCCCUGUUUUUCUUUUGUUUCUUUUUUUUUCUUUCCUUUUUGGAAUCAGUUGAUCGUGGUCUUGAAUUUUUUCUUUUCUGUAUUGCACUGAGAAAUGUGAAAUGCGUUCUCAAAAUGAAACAUACCUUCGAGAAGUGCUUGAAUAUAACUAAAGGAUGAUGUUGGAUCAACUCGUAAAAGAAACAAAACCAUUCCUGUGUAUACUGCAGCAAAAUGCAAUGUGGAAUGUUGGGUUACUUUAACAGAAUUUCCAUCUUGCUGUAUAAAUAUUUAAAUUUUAUAAUUGUGGUUGACUAAUAAACGUGUUUUAAAAGGUA